GAGCAGGGGUGCUAGCUGGUAGGUCACUUAUCAGUGAACCUCUAUAAUAUAUUUUUGGUUGCCUUCAAAUCGACAAAAAGCCGUUCGAAUGUCGAAAAUAAAAACAAUAUUAGUUAAUAUUUACUUGAAACUUGAGUGGAAAUUAUUAGCAGAAGUAAAUCUCUUGUGCACUGUUCAGCCGAUAAAAAGUGACCAGCUCUGGGGACUUGCCCAGUCAAUGAAUCGUCCCUGGACCUUUGUUUAUACUAUGUGUAGUAGUAAGAUGCUAAUGGGAUUGCUCAACAAAAUUAACAAUACUAUGGUAUUUUUUGUUUUGUUUUCAUUUUAACUAAAAUUGCUAGAAAAUGCAAGUUUUAAUUGUAACUAACCAUAACCAGAGGUUAGACAGGAUUAUUCGGGCAUAUAGUCAUAGAGACGGUUGCAUUUGGUCAGUAAAAACAGUCACCAUGCCUACCUGCAACCAGCCUUGGGUGAUUCCGCCAUGCCCUUAAUGCAACUACCGACAUUCCUCUGUCUUAUGUACUGCAAAUGCCUAUCUCAUUGUUCAAAUAAUCAAUGACUCAUCAUAAAAAACCCAACAGAUUGAAAACUGAAAAGAUUCUUUUCUUUUAUUAAAAAUCUCUACUUGAACAACUUAUCUAAAGAUCUCACAAAGCUUUUCAACAGACAUUUUAAAAACGUUUUGGUCAGCUUCAAUAAAAGAGGAAAUAAAAAAGAAAGUAGAUUUAAUCAUGUGAGUCAACAGACAAGCCAAGAGAAGGUGCUCUGUUAAUUUUUUCCACUCUGCUUUUUUUUUUUUUAGAACAAAAGGAACGUGGUUGCACGUAGGUCUGGUUACACGCAGGUCUGGUUACACGCAGGUGUGGUUACACGCAGGUCUGGUUACCCUGACUUAAAAAGCAGGGCGGGGAAUGUGAAAGAAGGCGACACAGCCCUAGAUGUCUAUCAAUAGCCAGUGUCACUCUGUGAUAAAACUGUAUGACUAAAGGAUAGGCCACGUGGUCGCCUUUUAAAAAUGUCUUGUCAUUCUCAGUGACCAGCUUUUCAACUCGAAAUUACAAUAAUUUUGGCUUUACAUUUUGUAAUUUUUAUGCGCCGUGUGCCGUAGCAGGGUGCAGUGAGGUGUGCCACAACAUAAUUAUCGCUGAGUGGAGAUUGUACUUCUUCAACCAACAGUAUUAUACAACCUGGACUAACCGCUUAUCGCACUUCUUGCCGUGGUGCGUUCAGGUUUCAGGAGCAAAGACCAAGAUAGACUUCCACAGUCUUCCACCUUCAUCAGCCAUGCCUGUAGCAUCAAAAACAAUCUUGGUGACCGGAGCGUCAAGAGGACUGGGACUGGAGUUUGUGAGACAAAUUCUACAAUUGCCUGCAGCACCUGAAGUACUCAUUGCAGCCUGUCGUAAUCCAAGUUCUGCAAACGAUCUGCAGACUCUGGCGAAAGCAAAUCCGUCCCUGAAAGUGAUCAAAUUAGAUGUGGAAAAAGACGAAGACAUAAUUUCUGCUGCUCAGGAAACAAAGAACAUCGUUGGAGAUCGAGGACUGAACCUUUUGAUCAACAACGCAGGUAUCUUGGUGAGAACUGAAGGCUCUGAACUCAGAACCCAGUCUCGAGAGAAUAUGCAGCGACAUUUCGAUGUCAAUUGUUCGGCGGUAAGGUCAAACAGAGUUAUCUCCCUGCUUGUUGCCUCAACAGAUGUGUCUUGUUCUGUGUCAGGGGCCAGGGAGGUGGGAAUAGAGUAG